AAAGAAGAUAGUGACGAGUCGACUGAAAAUAAAUAAGCCAUACAGAUAGAAGUAUUAUGAUAACGAUGGAUAUGAGUGACCGGUGAAGCUAGGUAAAAUAUAUGAUAAUACACGUUUAAAAACAAUUGACGUAUAAAUUGUUAGAAUAAAUAAGUGGCAAUAUGCCGGUUCGACAGUUGCCGUCAGCUUUAGCAAAGAUGGCUGUAGAAGAGUUAAAUGAAGAUCCAAAACGAAUGGCGGCUGAUAUUGAACAUAUUAAAAAGUGGCUCGAGAAACAACCACACAUACGGGCUAGAACCGAUGACCAAUGGUUGGUAGCGUUUCUUCGUGGAUGCAAGUAUAGUUUAACGCGAGCCAAAGAGAAGUUGGAUUAUCACUAUACAGUAAGAAACACAGCUAAAGAUCUCUUCCGAAUAUCACAUAAAGAUGCGCUUUUUACGGAAAUCAUUGAUUUAGGUUGCGUUUUAAUACUGCCAAAAUUAAGUGGACCUACAGAACCGAGAGUAGCCAUAGUAAGGCCUGGUAGAUAUGAUCCUGGCAAAUACACCGUGUCUGACAUAAUAUCAGCAUCGAACAGUUUACAGAAGAUCUUAAUUAUGGAAGAUGACAAUGCUAUGGUUGCCGGAAUCAGGGCUGUCCUGGAUCUAGAAGGGGUUACUUUGGGCCAUUUUGUUCAGAUGACUCCUAUACAGUUGAAGAAAUUGGUGAUAUCAUUACAGGAUGUUAAUCCGUUUCGUCUGAAAGGCACGCAUUACAUCAACGUGCCGCCAGGGUUCGAAAUGUUUUUGAAUGCUCUAAAAGCAUUGCUAAAUGAGAAAAGCAGAAAUCGAAUAUUUGUUCACAAUAGAAAUUAUGAAGACAUGUAUAAGUACAUACCGAAAGAAAUUUUACCAAAAGAAUAUGGUGGUUACGGGGGCACUAUACAAGAAAUUAUUGAUAUUUGGAAAGCCAGAGUAAAUGGUUACAGUUCAUGGCUUGACGAAGAUAGGCGGUACGGAACUGACGAAUCUAAAAGACCUGGAAUGCCAAGGACUGCGGAAGAAAUGUUUGGCACUGAUGGAUCAUUCAGACAACUGCAAUUUGAUUAGCUCAUCAAAGGUUAUUUUAUCGAACACAAAACUUUAAUAAAUUGAUUUUUUAAUAUACAAAGAUGUUAUGACAGACUUUACCUACUAGGUACCUAAUAAAGAGUAAUUUUUAAACGGG